UGCACCAUGAUCACUCUCCUCAGGCCAGCAAACACUCGUUCCUUAAUCACGUCCUCCAAGAGGUCCCUCUCUGUUAUCCAGUCCUUACUGCACGGGUCACCUGAGGCCAAGCAAGCCGGAGAACUCGAUGUCCUUCAACAUUCGCGUCUUGUGGGAAGAGGGAAAUACGUUCAUGGCUUUGACGUUCACCGCGUCAGACCGGACAAGACUGACGAAUACAAAGCUGCUGCGGAGGAAUACUAUAUGGGUGUCAAGAACGACCCUGAGCUACGCACUAAACUGACAGGAAACUGGGAAGUGCUUGUGGGAGAAGAGGACACAUUCAUACACAUCCUGGAGUUCGAGGGAUACGAGAAAACCUCGCAGCUCCUGAAGUCGUCGAAGGUUCAUCUGCAAGCGUACAACAAGCUGGCGCCUUUCUUGCGAUCCCGCUCGUCCCAAUUAACUCAAGAAUUCGCGUUCCUCCCUACGGCGCCUCCGCAUGCUGAAGGAGGCAUCUUCGAGCUCAGAUCAUACCAGCUUAAGCCAGGAACUCUGUUGGAGUGGGAGAACACAUGGCGACGGGGGAUAGAAGCACGCAGCAAAUUCGUAGCGCCUAUUGGCGCGUGGUUCUCCCAGGUUGGACGACUCCAUCAGGUUCACCAUUUGUGGCAGUACCCGAGCCUUGAGGUUAGGAAAGAGGUUCGCGAGAAAGCAUGGCGAAUUGACGGUUGGGCGGAGACAGUGGUUAAGGCAAGUCUGAUUCUAUUUUCGUCCGAGAGCACAGUCUCAUUCUGA